AUGGGCUCGACGGGAACGAACGAAAUGUUAGAUCAUUUAGCACCCUCAGAGCUUAUCAAGCCUGUUAAGAGUUGCCAUAAAAAGCCACCCGUGCUGGUAUUGGACGACAGAGUUGUAGAUGCUGCAACCAGGGAACUUUAUGUGAACGGGUUCCAAGAAGAAGUCCAAUAUCAGAAUCUUACACCGGAAAACUUGCAACAUAUGUUUCACCAGGGCAUUGAGCUAUUGGACUCGGCAAGGAUGAUCAACGUGACACAUUUGGCGCUUUGGAAGCCUUCGUCUUUUAAGCUGGGGAACCCUGUGGACCUUGCUCUAGAUGAUAACUACGAAACGUUUUGGCAGAGCGAUGGAGGACAACCACACCAAUUGGACAUUAUGUUCAGCAAGAGAAUGGACAUCUGUGUUAUGGCUCUUUUCUUCUCGAUGGUUGCAGACGAGUCAUAUGCCCCAAGCCUGGUGAAGGUUUACGCGGGGCAUAGUCCAUCUGACGCAAGGUUUUACAGGAUGCUUGAAGUGAGAAAUGUGAAUGGUUGGGUGGCACUAAGGUUUCUAGAUAACAGGGAGGACGACCAACUACUGAAAUGUCAAUUUAUCAGGCUUUUAUUUCCUGUGAACCAUGAAAACGGAAAGGAUACUCAUCUGAGAGGCAUAAGACUAUAUGUUCCAUCUAAUGAGCCACAUCAAGAUACCCAUGAGUGGGCACAAACCCUUCCAGAAACCAACAAUGUCUUCCAAGAUGCUAUAUUACGCUGA